AAGCGCGCUCCCGCGCCGGACUACAACUGCCACAAUGCACCUGAACUCGCCCUUCAACGCAACAGACGCGUGAAAUGUGCGAUUAAGCAUCUCAAAGUCGCAGCAUUAGCCGUGAAAGUGAAAUAAAAUACGUUUAACCGGCUCUAACCUGCAGAACGGACGCGUGCAGCCGCGCGCGCGAGUUAGUUUGAGGUUUUUCUGCGUUAGUGCUGACGGUGACCGGAGUUCCUCACUUCAUCAGAAGCUUGUUAAUGAACGGGAAUGAGCGAGCAGACCGUCAUCAGAUUCCGGUAGAGUCGGUGUUUUGUGCUGGUUUUGCGCAGAGAGCUUCAACAGGUGCUGUCAGACCAACAGGUUUGGUUGUGAGCGCGUGUGUGUGUGUGUGUGCGCUCUGGCGUGUAUGAAUGGAUCAGGUUAGCGCGGGGAACGCAGAACGGCAGGGGGCGCUGACGAAGGGCGAAGUGCUGCCACGCCCCUCCUCCGGCCAAUCAGAGGGUUUUAAACCGGGUCGGUCGGUCUUGAACUCUCUGCUCUCGGGGGCGCUUGCAGGAGCCGUGGCCAAAACAGCCGUCGCCCCGCUGGACCGAACCAAGAUUAUCUUUCAAGUGUCGUCGAAUAGAUUCUCCGCCAAGGAGGCGUACAAGUUAAUUUACCGCACGUAUCUGAAGGAUGGCUUCUUCAGUCUGUGGAGGGGAAACUCCGCCACGAUGGUGCGUGUUAUUCCAUACGCUGCCAUCCAGUUCUGCGCUCAUGAACAAUACAAGAGGAUUCUGGGACAGUAUUACGGCUUCCAGGGCAAAGCUCUGCCUCCUGUGCCUCGGCUGCUGGCGGGGUCUCUGGCGGGAACCACGGCUGCCAUGAUCACAUACCCACUGGACAUGGUCCGAGCCCGCAUGGCCGUCACACCCAAAGAGAUGUACAGUAACAUCCUGCACGUGUUCGUCCGAAUCUCUCGUGACGAGGGGCUGCAGACGCUCUACAGGGGGUUCACUCCCACAAUCCUCGGCGUCAUACCGUACGCGGGACUCAGCUUCUUCACCUACGAGACGCUCAAGAAGCUCCACGCAGAGCACACGGGUCGCUCUCAGCCGUUCUCGUACGAGCGUCUGGCGUUCGGUGCGUGCGCAGGAUUGAUCGGUCAGUCGGCCUCUUACCCGCUGGACGUGGUGCGCAGACGCAUGCAGACGGCGGGGGUCACCGGACACACCUACGGCAGCAUCUCGGGCACCAUGCGGGACAUCGUGAGGGAGGAGGGCGUGAUCCGCGGCCUCUACAAGGGCCUGAGCAUGAACUGGGUCAAAGGGCCCAUCGCCGUCGGCAUCAGCUUCAUGACCUUCGACCUCAUGCAGAUCCUGCUGCGCAAACUCCAGCAGUGGCGCUAUAGUGCACGGUAGCAUACUGCAGCGCCCUCUACAGGAACAGGAAGUUGCAGAUGCAAGAAAAAUGGAACAAAUGUUUAUUUGUUGUUGCUUUUUUUUUGUUUUUUAACCUGAGCAAAUGCUGCCAAUGAAGAGGAUGGGAAAUGCCUGGCGUCAUGUGACUAGUCUAAGUUCUGUUUUUUGAUGCAAAAGCAUAUGUGCAUUAAAAAAAAAAAAUUUUUUUUUUUUGUUUAAAUGUCUUGUUUUCCACUACAAACUUCUAAACAGUUAUAAAAAUCAUUAAUUAACAAUUAAGAAGCGAAAUGAGGUGAGUUUAUGCUUAAAACUAGACUACAUUUUGCUUCUUAAGUAAAUGCAUCUUGAUUAAAGAAGGUUUUGAUAUUUGUUUUGGGAAACAAGACCGAACUACAGGUUAAGAAGCUGAUUUUUGCGGUGUGUUUAGAGCGAGUGUGUGUUCCGUCUCCUGCCGUCGCUGGAAGUGCAAUACUGACUGAAUGCAUUUCUGGAAACACUGUUUUCGUCCUCGUCCUGAUUUAUGUCUGUGUUUUCACACACAUCAGGGGCUUUGAUGAAAAUACACACGAGCGUUUCCAGUGAACCGUAGAAGCCGUUUAUCUAAAUAUCACUUUCAUAUCGGGGUGAAUCUCAUGAAAGCGGUCAAGGACAC